CGGCCAGGAGCUUUGGGAGUUUGCAAAGUGGCCAGUCGCAUUGUACUGGACACAUUUCCUUUCGCACCCUUUUUCUUUUUUUUGGGGGGGGGUGUGUUCUUCAUUUUAGCCCACCACUUCAUACCAACGGCAACUGCUUCAAAUUGCUUCAAGUGGAUGGGGCGAAGCGGACAUGGAGCAGUCGCUGCCUCUCGCUGCAUCUGCUGUCCGCCCUCAUCGUCUGUCUACAGCUGCAUUCCUGCGUGAAGCAGCUGCAAGUGCUGGCACUGGGAAGACCCAGACCAUGGCCAACAGAGUGCUCUAUAUGAUUCAAGAGGGGGUUCUGCCCAGCAAGAUCUUGGCGCUCACUUUCACUAACAAGGCUGCUGUGGAGUUCAAGGAGCGGAUACAGCACGUGUAUUUCAGCCACGCAAGGAGAAAAGCGGCGCCAGAAGUAGAUAUCGGGCGAGCCACCGUAGCCACAUUCCAUGCUCUUGGCAUUAAGUGGGUUGGACUUCACCAAAAGUUGUUGGGGUUCAAGCGCCGACCGGUGAUUUAUUCGACCAAGGCGCGGCUCGGACUUCCUCGCAAGUCUACCACCACCUUGCGGGAGGUGAUCGCGGCCUUCAAAGAAGCGCACCCGUCUUUGUACGAAGAGUGUGAGAAAGUGGCUAUGGAGAAGAUAGGCAGGGAGAAGGAGAAGGAGAUGGCGCAGCAAAAGCGUAAAUCGGGGGAAAUGAAGCAGAAGUCAUUGGACUCUGAGCAUGGAGAACCGCCGGAGCAGGCGGACGAAGAAGGGAAGCAGAGGGAGGAAAAGGAGAGGAAGGAGGAGGAGGAGGAGGAGGAGUGCGCAAGAUAAUGGAGACAGCAGCCGCAUCACGAAAGCCUUGUGCGGCUCUGGCGUGCUCCUCCUUGUGAGGGAGGGGAGGGCAAUUUUGCCGC